AGCUGUAGCUAUCCAAAAGCAGGGCCUGUCCAGAAGCAACCGAGAGCCGACUCGAUCAGGUGAAAAUCAUUCAACUUGGAUUGAUUUGAUGGCGCGCGGUAAAGUGGCGGAGUGGAUACGGAAGCGGACGAUGCCGAGGAAGUCGUCGUCGUCGUCCCGGCGCCGGAGCAGUACUCCCAGUGCGGCGUCGGAGGAGCCGAUACUAAGAGAGGCAGCGCCGGAGAGCUGGAGCCGUAGUGCCAGCAGGUCGCUAGAGCGGACGCCUACGAAGGCCGCCGCAAGCGGACCGCCGCCGACGGCUUCAAAGGUCCAGUCGAGCGCCUUGCCGGCGAUGCUCCGGUGGCGGCCGCGCGUGAACGUGGUGGCCGUGCUGUACGGGAAGGUGGUGUACCACCUGAUGUGGCUGGUCGAGUCCGUCGUGGUGGUGGGAAGGCUUGUCUUCUUCCUCAUGCGCUUCGGCUUCAAGCAGCUCUGAAUUCUCCUUCGGCUAUGGUGCUGAGGGGAGGGCAAAGAAGCGUGCGCGAUUCUUUGGUUGACUUUUCUUUUACCCCCCUCUUGAGCAAAUUCGUUUGCCGUUUUUCAGUGGCUUUCGAUCGCUAAGAAGUUGUAAAUUCCCUUGGCCCUCUUCU